AUUAAACUUAAAUAUUCAGACCAAAUACAUUGCACUGAAAAUUCUUUUUUAUUUAAAUAAUAAAUUAAUAAAUGUAGUUCCCUAUAUAAGUAUUGCUUAACCGUAAUGAAUUUCCAAUUUCAAUCAAACACCUGCGAAAAAUGGAAACUUGGUUUUUCGUGAUCAUCACUAUCUCCAUCUCUGCUCUGCUAAAAGCCAUUUUCGAGGUUUUCUUUCCUCGCAUCAAGUCCGCCAGCCUUCCUCCAGGUCCCGUCAACUUCCCGAUCAUCGGUAACAUUUUAUGGCUUCGUUCCAUAGCCGCACUCGAGCCCAUCAUUCGCUCUCUCCACAACAAGCUUGGUCCUAUCAUCACUCUGCACAUCGGUUCUCGCCCCGCCAUCUUUAUCGCCGAUCGCUCUCUUGCCUACCAAGCCUUAAUCCAAAACGGUGCUGUUUUUGCCGACCGCCCAAAAGCUGAUGCUAUAAGACAAGUUGUUACUUCUAAUCAACAUAAUAUCAGCUCCUCAUUUUAUGGCCCUACCUGGCGGCUCCUCCGCCGAAACCUGACAUCAGAAAUCCUUCAUCCUUCUCGAGUUAAGACAUACUCUCAUGCUCGCAAGUGGGUUUUGCAAAUCCUCCUUAAUAGAUUUGGGUCGCAAUCGAACUUUGGAAAAUUACCCCUUCGCGUUGUGGAUAAUUUUCAUUUCGCAAUGUUUUGUCUUUUGGUGCUUAUGUGUUUUGGAGACAAACUCGACGAGAAACAAAUUGAAGAAAUUGCGAGAGUAGAGCGUGCCUCGAUUCUGAAUACUCGUAAAUUUGCUAUACUCAAUUUUUGGCCAAGAUUGACGAAGAUUUUGUUCCGUAAACGUUGGUCGGAGUUCUUGCAGCUUGAAAAGGACAGAGCAGAUGUAUUAAUUCCACUGAUCAGAGCUAGAAAGAGGGCGAAUGAAGAGAGACAAAGGCAAUCUAACAAUAAACAAGAAGGUCAGUAUAUGUUGUCUUAUGUUGAUACGUUGUUAGAUCUGCAACUUCCUGAUGAGAAAAGAAAGCUCAGUGAGAAAGAAAUAGUCACUUUAUGCAAUGAAUUUCUUAAUGCCGGAACUGACACUACAUCCACGGCUUUGCAAUGGAUAAUGGCGAAUUUGGUGAAGUAUCCACGUAUUCAAGAGAAGCUCUUUAUGGAAAUUAAAGGAGUUGUUGGAAAUGAAGAGGAAGAAGUAAAAGAAGAUGAUUUGCAGAAGAUGCCAUACUUGAAAGCUGUAAUUUUAGAAGGGUUAAGAAGACAUCCACCAGCACAUUUUGUGUUGCCACAUGCAGUGAGUAAAGAUGUGAUUUUGGAUAAAUAUUUAGUACCUAAGAAUGGAACCGUAAAUUUCAUGGUUGCAGAUAUGGGAUGGGAUCCAAAAGUUUGGGAAGACCCCAUGUCUUUUAAACCUGAGAGAUUCGUUGGCACUGGUGAAACUGGCGAUGAUGUGAUUGAUAUAACAGGAAGCAGAGAGAUCAAAAUGAUGCCAUUUGGGAUAGGAAGGAGAAUUUGUCCUGGCUAUGGCUUGGCAAUGCUUCAUUUGGAGUAUUUUGUGGCUAAUUUGGUUUGGAAUUUUGAAUGGAAAACAGUGGAUGGGGAUGAUGUUGAUUUAACUGAGAAGCAAGAGUUUACAGUAGUUAUGAAAAACCCAUUGCAGGCUCGCAUAAUUCCCAGGUGCAAAAUUUAAUUCGUCUUCUCUGAUGAAUACUGUAGUUAUGUAAUAUUAUGUUAUGAAAUUCCCAUGGAAUUGUUAAUUUUUGCUUGUUAAUACCAAGUGCACUUGAUUGCUUAAUGAGUAUUUCCCUCAACAA